GUUGUACUAUCCACACGCUAAGAGCAAGUUUCCACAACAUUGCUGUUUGCUGACUGAACUCAUAAAUAAAUUUUGCAUUUCUUUACAAAUUCUGGUGCCCCUGUUUUCUUAUAUCGUCACUCUCCUCUUUCAAUAUGAUUGCCAGCGUUUAGUUGUGCCCACAGAAAUGGCAGCACGGAGCAAACGAGCGUGUGUUGUCGUCCUCGGCGAUAUUGGCAGAAGUCCACGCAUGCAGUACCAUUCUCUGUCCUUGGCUAAAGAAGGCUUCAACGUCGACCUUGUAGGCUAUCAAGGAUCAGUGCCCAUCAAGGAGCUGACGCAGAACUCAUCCAUUCAGCUGCACCAUGUUCAACCUUGCCCUAAUUUUAGAAAAUAUCUUCCUGGAUUGUUGGCGUACUUUCUAAAAGCCUUAUGGCAGACUGUAACCUUGCUGUUAGCCCUGAUCUGGGUGCGCCUCAGCGAAGGUCGUUGCUCACACCUGCUGAUGCAAAAUCCUCCGUCUGUCCCUACCCUUGGAGUCUGUUGGAUCUUUUGCCGCAUUGUCAACCCUAAGUGCCGCUUUAUCAUCGACUGGCACAAUUACGGCUACACCAUGAUGGCUGUGGCUGAGGCCAAACGGAAUAAAAAGGAAGAAAACGUCAAGCAGAAGCUGCCAGCCUUGGCCCAGAUCACUUAUUGGCUGGAAGGCUGGUUCGGACAAAGAGCUGAUGCCAGUAUGUGCGUCACCAAGGCCAUGAUGAACGAUUUGAAAGACAAGUGGAGAGUUAGCGCCAUCACCUUGUACGACCGCCCGCCAGCACAUUUCCAAGCUGUUGCCAAUCCAAAAGAAACUUUGGAGAAGUUGUGUUCCCAAUACGCAGACCUGGGUGAAGCAUAUGGUGACAAAAAUGAUGAUCCUAGAGCUUUGCUUGUUUCUAGUACAAGUUGGACAGAGGAUGAAGACUUUGGUGUCCUCCUGGAUGCCCUGCAAGACUACGAAGAUUUGAGAAAUCAGGAUCCGCAAUCAUUUCCAUUCCUGAUUUGUGCAAUUACUGGAAAGGGUCCCCUGAAGGAUUAUUACAAAGAGGAGAUCGCUAAGAAAGACUGGAAAAGCGUGAGGGUAGUCACUCCUUGGUUGCAAGCAGAAGACUAUCCUAAGCUCUUGGGCUGUGCGGAUUUGGGAGUCAGUCUGCACACUUCCACGAGCGGCCUUGAUUUGCCCAUGAAAGUGGUGGACAUGUACGGCUGUGGACUGCCUGUUUUGGCCUUCAACUUCAAAUGUUUGAAAGAGCUUGUCAAGGAGGGAAAGACUGGGAGGGUGUUCUCCAACUCAGAAGAUUUAGCUAAACUGUUACAAAACUGGCUGAGGGGCUUCCCUGAUGAUCAAAUGCAACAACAGAUGCACCAGUCAUUCCGAGAUAAUAUCAAAAAGUGGGCUCAUGUACGAUGGGACCAAAAUUGGAAGACUUCUGCCGCUCCCAUAUUCACUUAUGACUAACAUCAAAAUAUUGUAUCGUUUUAAAAAUCCAAGGUUGAUAGAUCAAAACAAAGGUUUAUAUUUUGCCGAUAUCCAUAUAUAUUGCAAAUAAUUUUUAAAA